AUGGGGGAUUGGUCCAUUCUUGGGCGCUUUCUAACAGAGGUCCAGAACCACUCCACGGUGAUCGGGAAGAUCUGGCUCACCAUGCUCCUCAUCUUCCGCAUCCUGCUGGUCACUCUGGUGGGGGACGCGGUGUACAGCGACGAGCAGUCCAAGUUCACCUGCAACACCUUGCAGCCCGGCUGCAACAAUGUCUGCUACGACACUUUCGCCCCCGUGUCGCACCUGCGCUUCUGGGUCUUCCAGAUCAUCCUGGUGUCCACGCCAUCCAUCUUCUACAUCGUCUACGUCCUCCACAAGAUCGCCAAGGACAAGUCGCUGGAGCUCCAGGAAGCUCGCAAACAGCUGCUCCACAAAGCCCUUCCUCCCCAAGUGGAGCAGCAUGAAGAGGACAUGAGCUCCAGCGAGCGCGCGGACUACCACAGCGAGGGACUCACGCAGGGCAGUGAGCCAGCGCAGCAGACCCUUUUGGACGAGGAGAUCAGAGAGGUGAGCAAAGAUCCCACUAAACUCUCAAGGAAGGUGCUGCUGAUCUACAUCGUCCACGUCAUCCUGAGGUCCUUGAUGGAGGUCGGCUUCUUGGUGGGCCAGUAUCACCUGUUCGGGUUCAAGGUGCCCCACCUGUUCCUCUGCGUGACCCACCCCUGCCCCAACACAACUGAUUGCUUCGUGUCCAGGGCCACCGAGAAAACCAUCUUCCUCAACUUUAUGUUCGGGGUGAGCCUGGGCUGCUUUCUCCUGAACCUUGUGGAGCUGCACUACCUGGGCUGGCUCUACAUCUUCCGUGUGCUGUGUUCAGCCUGCUGUGAAUCCGAGAAGAGGGAGCACACCAACCAACACCCCGAGCACAACCCCCUGCUCCUUCAACUCAAAGAGUCGCUCCAAGAACAACUGGUCCUCGGGACCGCCCCGGGGUUGUCCCAGGAGAAGCCCAGGUACCUCCCCUCCCACCCCACCACCAUCUCCUUGGAGAUGGACUCCACCCUCGAAUACACGUCCAAAAAAAGCCCAGAGGAUGAGGAACAUGCCAAACCAAAACUAGCCAAGCUGGGAAAAAGCAAGAAGUCUUGGCUUUAA